AUGACCUAUCUCAAAAGGUAUCCAGAAAGCACAACGCUAUUCCAAGAAGACCAACGUCUCAUCUACCGCUACGACGCAGAAGAAGUCUGUAACGAGCGGUGGGGUCACAAUGCCUUCCGCGUACGAGCCACCAAAACUCGCAGCACGCCGACCGAAAAUUGGGCGCUGCACACACCCACAUCCUCAACACCACAGAUCUCACUCGGCGAGCACGAUGCCAAAAGCACCAACGGGAAGAUCACCGCCACCCGCUCAAAGCGCGGAAAGAUCAUGAUGCACAACUCCCAGGCUAGUGUCCCGUUUGCGCUGUCCUCGGCUGGGCUGCGGACUGCUGUGGAACAACCCUCGGAUUGGGAGAGCGGUGCUCGGAAAGAACAUCAUGAGUUCUACGGCGUCUUCUGCCAGUGUUCUGGAUUACUGGAUUCGUCGGGGACGGUGCCGAUGAGGCCGGAGUAUGGACUCGGGUUUUGGCAGUGCAAGUUGCGGUAUCAGACGCAAGAGGAGCUUCUCGGUGUUGCGAGGGAGUACAGGGCGAGGAGUCUUCCGCUCGAUCUUAUUGUGAUAGACUUCUUCUAUUGGACCGGCCAGACCCUGGUAUGUUCCCUCUCUUGUUAUUCUUCGGUCUGGUCGUACGGAGAGGAGGUGUAUGCGAUUUGCAAGAAGUACAUGUUUAUGCGGGAAGAAACGAGGGACUACAUUCAAGCGCCGAUGAGGCAAGCUCACGAGAAGGGAACGCCGGUCGUGAGGCCGUUGCUUUACACGUUUCUGGAAGAUAGGACGUGUUGGGAGGUGGAAGUUGAGUAUAUGUUUGGCGAUAGGUAUCUCUGCUGCCCGGUGCUGGCGCCUGGGCUGAGGAGGAGGGAUUUUUAUCUGCCGAAAGGAUGUAGAUGGAAGACUUGGGAUGCGAGGCAGGAUUAUGAAGGCGGGAAGGUCAUCGAGGCGGAAUUUCCUCUUGAUAUGAUGCCGGUGUUCGAGCGACAGUGA